UCUACCUUAAUGCAAGCUUGCUUGACGAACUUUUGCCCUGAAGUCUGAUAUAUGUCACUGAAACCCCUAUCAUGGCUUCCUACCAAGGGCACUGCAAUUGCGGCUCGAUUAAGGUUACUCUCAGCAAAAAGCCGGAGAAUGUUGUCGCCUGUCACUGCGCAAACUGCAAGCGUGCCGGCGGUCCCUUCUCCAUGAACUUUUUCGUUGACGAUGGUCAAUGGGAAAUUGAGGACAAUCAAAAAACGAUGACAGAAUAUCAGGAUCUUAACACUGAUUCUGGGAACACCGUCCAUCGCUUUUUCUGUCGCAAUUGUGGAAGCCCCGUUAAGACUACAGCAAAGCCGUUCCCAGGCAAAGCUAUAAUCAAGGCAUCGCUCUUCGAUGACAUCCCCACGAAGAGAAGUGAUAUAUUCGAGCACAAGGCAUUAAACUGGGGAUAAAGUUGAUAUAGAUUGGUCAUUCUCUUUUAUCUGGCGUCCAGGGCCGUAGCAUAACGGAGGUCCCGAAUGGACAGUAGACGCAUUCAGUAAAUCCGGGAUAACGAGAUCUCCAGUUCAGGCAUUACAUUCGGUAGUGAGAAGUCCAAAAGGCACCAAGUCAGUGUGAUUAUUGAGUUCCAUAAUUUAUCUCGAUCGCUGCCA